AUGAGCCAUAGCGAUAAUAAUUAUGUGACACAAUAUUCAAUUUCAGGUGGCCUUGCUAUUGCUGUGCCGGGGGAACUAAUGGGGUAUUGGGAGGCCCACCAGAGAUUUGGUAAACUACCGUGGAAAUAUCUCUUUGAGCCAACAAUCAAGAUGUGCAGAGAAGGAGUGAAGUUAACCAAGGCAACGGCUUAUGGAAUAUCCAGAUCCGUCGACCUACUUCGAAACGGAUCAUUCACAAUGUACUUCAACCAUACGACUGGUGCCAUGGUGAAGGCUGGAGACACGGUGAAGUAUCCAAAACUCGCAGACACCCUGGAGACUGUCGCUACUGAAGGGGCCUCGGCCUUCUAUAACGGCAGCCUGACUGAUGCCAUAGUGACUGAGAUAAAGGAAAAUGGUGGCAUCGUAUCAAAAGAAGACCUAAGUGGGUAUACGGCCUCAUGGCGAACACCAGUUACCUUCACCCUGAGAGAUGGCAACACAGUGCACUCAAUGCCCGCACCAGGAAGUGGAGCUGUGUAUGCAUACAUCCUCAAUGUCCUAGACGGGUACAACUUCACGAGUGAAAGUGUCUCGAAUGAUGACAACAGCAUACUGACAUACCACAGAAUAGUGGAGGCUUUCAAGUUCGCAUAUGCCAAAAGAUCAGAACUUGGUGAUGAAGAUUUUGAAGACGUGGCAGAUUUGAUGAAAAACAUGACAUCUCGGGAAUUUGGAGAUUCUACCCGGGCCAAGAUUGAUGACGCAGCAACUCACGACGCCAAGUACUAUGGUGCUACCUUCUCCAGUGCGCUAGACCAAGGAACCACGCACCUCUCUGUUGUAGAUGCGGAGGGAAACGCCGUUGCGAUAACAUCAACCAUAAAUUACUUUUUUGGAUCGAAAGUUCUUGGUAAGACAACAGGAAUAAUUUAUAACAAUGAAAUGGACGACUUCUCGACACCCGGUACUGUCAACGUGUACGGUGUGCCAGCAUCACCCGCCAAUUAUAUCAAACCCAGAAAGCGCCCUCUGUCGUCAAUGUGUCCUACUGUUGUGGUAGAUAACUCCGGUGACGUCAUCUUGGUUUUGGGAGGAGCUGGUGGCCCAAAGAUUACAACAGCUGCAGCAUUGGUAACCCUACAUACCAUUAAGUUUGGGCUGAGUGCCGGAGAAGCCCUGGACCAGAAACGUCUUCAUCACCAGCUUUUGCCGUCCACAUUAUCAGUUGAAGAUGGCUUUCCAAAGGCAGUGGUGAAUGGUCUCAUUGCUAAAGGCCACAAUGUCACAGGCUACGGACUCACAUCAGUUGUCAAUAUAGUCCGGGUCAAGGACAACAUGAGGCACAGUGCUUGUGAUCUACGAAAGGGUGGCCAGCCAGACGGAUAUUAGUGAAUGUAACCACAUUAAUUGGGAAUCGGUUAUGUGGUGAAAUAAUCCCUGCCAUCUUACUGAGUAUAACGUGUUCAAUUUGACAUGCCCAUUACAUAUACGUUUCUCUUUGCCUUUGUGACCUUGAAUGUAUAUAAUGGUUUUGUAAGUCCACGACGACCUAACGAUAUAAAAAUAAAAUGUACGGUGAAAUUUA